AUGUCAUUUGACCUUGUCAUUCUGCAUUAUCAGUCUGAUCUGGAUGAGGCGAACCAGCAACGCUCUCCCGAGCAGCCUUGCCCCUUCUCCUCCCUGACUCUGCUGCACCUCCAAGCCCAUCGACACGGCAUUCGGGAGCAGAGAUGGCUCAAUCCGGAGCCAGGUUCACUACCUGCUAACUUGACGAUAUCAACUCUCCCUCCCGCUCCCUUCUCCGUAGAGACUCUGCAGAGAAACCAGCAAGAAACUCGGGGCUCUGGCGGAGGGCGGGUAACCAUCACUUGGGUCAUUCAUUCAUUCAUUCACCUUGCUGGGAGGGAGCUGGUGAAGAGGGGAGGGAAAGCUUGCCCGCCUAGCUCGCCCACCCCUCUCCACCUGGCUGGAGAUCAAAGGCUUACCUGUGGUCUUCCAGCGGCAGACGGAGCCCAGUUUAAAGCACGUAGCGACUGGACGAGGAGGCGUCAGAGUUUGGGUGCUUUCUUGAAAAAAGAAAAGAAAAAUCGCCUUGAAGAAAGGAAGAGGAAAUCUGCAGGAGCGUGUGGACGGGUGAAGGGAGGAGAUCAUGAGAGGCUGGAAGAGGAAAGCCAGGAAGGACGGAUGGAGAAGCGGGGAAAGGAAGAUUCCUGUACUGAGCAGAGGACCGAAGACAUCUCAGGCUCCUUACAACCUUUACAUUCUCUGAUUCUCUUUAAAUUUCAAAUACCAUUAACAAGCACAUGUUGCCUGAGAAUUGUAUUUCAUCAAUUGUUUCCAAGUCAGACCCUCCACUGAAAUAGAUGCUUUGUGCUAACAGCCUCAGCCUGUGCUUUUGCAGGGGGCAGAUAAUCCCUCCCUUCCAUGUCAUUUAGUGUUAAAGGCAGGAAGGGGUAGAGUGGAAGGAGAAGCACUGAAGCUUCCUGUGUUGAGACCAUUGACUUCAGAGGUUUCUGUAGCAGGCAGCUCACCUAUUCCUCCUCAUUAUCCAACUGAGAACCCUGUUGAGGACAGAGAAGGUCACGGACUGGUGCAACGUAAACAAGUUGAUUGAGUAUUCUGAUUCACACAAAAGGGGAUCAUCUUUCCUUUAUAGGCUACAUUUUGUAGGACCUCGCUGCCAUAUGCAUAGCAUCCUUAAUGAUAUAUAAAUCGCUGCUUUUGUCUGAAAAACAAGCAACAACUAGAAAAGGAUUUGUUCUUUGUUCAUGUGGGUGCCAUUUAUAAAUGACUCAACGUGUAUGCGGUUGUAGAUCGGGGUGUGCACAGGACUGCCAGCGGCAGUUCAAACUGCUGGUCUGUGAACCAGUAUGUUAGAACUGGUGGGGCGAUUUGGUUUGUCCACACAAACUGGGUCGAACGGGGUCAACCCAGUUCAACCCAGUUUGGGAUGCUUGUAAAGGGGAAUCUGGCAAGGUUUCCCUUUCUCAAGUACUGGGGGAUCCCUAGGAACCCGAACUAGUUGUUGAAAAGGGUGGGGGAGCAGGUGGGUGGUCACCUUAGGUGCCAAGUCUCCAUGGCGGCAGCUCCCUAGGCCCCACUGGUGCUUCCUCCCAUCAGUGCGGA